UAGGGCCACGUUGCUUUUGCGGCGCCGGAGACCACGCACCGCAGGCAUGGCUUCCGUGGACUCGCGGCGGAUGGGGAAUGGCGGCGGGGUCGGGGGCACCUUCCAGCCCUACCUAGACUCCUUGCGGCAGGAGCUGCAGGAAAGCGACCGGACGCUGCUGUCAGUCGUGGUGGCGCUUCUCGCCGUGCUGCUGACGCUGGUGUUCUGGAAGUUCAUCCGGAGCAGAAGGAGCAGUCAGAGAGCUGUUCUUCUGGUUGGCCUUUGUGACUCCGGGAAAACAUUGCUCUUUGUCAGAUUGUUAACAGGCCUUUACAGAGAUACUCAGACUUCCAUCACUGACAGCUCUGCUGUGUACAGAGUCAACAAUACCAGGGGCGCUAGUCUGACCUUGAUUGACCUCCCUGGCCAUGAGAGCUUGAGACUUCAGUUCUUAGAGCGGUUUAAGGCUUCAGCCAGGGCUGUCGUGUUUGUUGUGGAUAGUGCAGCCUUCCAGCGAGAGGUCAAAGAUGUGGCCGAGUUCCUGUAUCAAGUCCUCAUUGACAGUAUGGGUCUGAAGAACACACCGUCAUUCUUAAUCGCCUGCAAUAAGCAAGACAUUACAAUGGCAAAAUCAGCAAAGUUAAUUCAGCAGCAGCUUGAGAAAGAACUCAACACUCUACGAGUCACCCGUUCUGCUGCCCCCAGCACACUGGACAGUUCCAGCACUGCCCCUGCUCAGCUGGGAAAGAAAGGCAAAGAAUUUGAAUUCUCACAGUUGCCCCUCAAAGUGGAGUUCCUGGAGUGCAGUGCCAAGGGUGGAAGAGGAGACGCUGGCUCUGCUGACAUCCAGGACUUGGAGAAGUGGCUGGCUAAAAUCGCCUGAGCAGCUGGUCCAAGCACAAGACAGGGAUGUGUAUGUGUCUGACUGCCAGUUUUGGAAAAGGGUAUGGUCGCCUGCAGUUGAUAAAGAAGGGGUAUAAAACAUAGUUAGAAAUAUUUCCUUGUUCUGGCACAAACUGUUGUUGAAACCAGCUUGGAAUUUUUUUAAGUUCUGUUCUCCCUUAUUGCUUUCACACUGGUCACUUUUAUUUGACUUGUGUGUCUUCCCUUUGUUAAAGUGUAUGUAACAUCCCUUUAGUGUAUGCUUGACAUAGGGUCAAGGUCUUUGUGCCAUAACAAGUGGACUCCACUUAGGAUAUUAUCAUGAGAAUAUGGUUAUCAUCUGAAAAGUUUUCUUAUCCUCUGUUUCUGUGCUUUGGUCCCUUUUUCCUGGAAACAAACCUGCCUGUGUAUGGAAUCGGUUGGUUUCCAGUUGCCCCUGGCAUUCUUGCGCAGUAUGUCAUCUUGUCCUUUGUGCCUUCUCAGAUUUGUAGGUACAGUUACAGUACGGUCUCCCGACAUGUGAAGAAAGGUAGGAGACAGCGAGGCUGUGUUGACAGUGGGUCUGUUCUUCAUCAGCUCAAUGACUUGUCCACACUCCAGCCUCAUAGCACUUAGGUUUCAAAAACAUGUCAUGAGCUCUUGCAGUCAUUCCCAGAUGAUAGAACUGUAAGUGCUAAAUCCCCAGAUGCCAAGUCUAGUGUGUUCUAGCAGUCUUCCCUAACUGGGGGCAGAUGGGGAUUUAGAAGCUCUUCCGUGUUUCUGGAGGGCUGGGGGCUCCUGAGCUAUCUUCAUGUGCUGUUUGAUCUGCCCCUACAUUGUACUCUUAGCUAGAAUGCUGUGGAACAAAUACAAAUUGAAAAAAGUUCUCUGUA